GGAAGGUUGACCCUCUAUACUGGCUUUCGGUUUCACUUCUGUUUUUAGCUCCACCCAUCUCAGUGGAAAAAGUAAGAGGAAAUACCUCGUUCAACCGGUGCCACAGCUUUGUCUUCUUCGAAUUCUUAUGUGAAUAAAGUUGGCGGAAUAUACGAUUUGGCGGAGAUUUCAGGUUUUCCCCCAGAGUUCAGCAGGAGAUGGCGCUGUUGAGCAAUAAAUCCGUUCGUCAUGAAAGCUUGGAGAACUUGGAGCACAUUGGCUCUGGGGGAUUUGGUGUGGUCUACAAGGCGAGACACAAGGACUGGGACUUCGAUGUAGCCAUUAAGGUUAUUCGUGAGGCUGCUAGCAGUCAGUUAUCUCAUUCCAGUCCCAUUGUAAACGAUGAGAAAGCGCUGCAUGACGAGGCUGACCACAUGGACACAGCUUCUUGUCCGUUUGUGCUCAGGAUUCUUGGAAUUUAUCAGGGAAACCCACCCAAAAUGUCGAAGGGAAUAGUAAUGGAGUUCAUGGGAAGGGGAUCUAUUUUGAGUCUGCGGAACGAGUUAUCUGGCCCCCCUCCUUGGCCACUGGCCUUCCGUUUGGCCCAUGAAGUAGCUCUUGGAAUGAACUUUCUCCAUUCAAAGAACCUUUUGCACCAGGACCUAAAGCCAAGCAAUGUGCUGCUGGAUGAUGAUCUCCAUGCCAAGCUGGCAGACUUUGGUCUGGCCAGGGUUUCCACAAGUGCUUUGAAGAAUGAAGAAACGACUGGAGUGCUUGGAGGCUCGUAUAAGUACAUGCCUCCCGAGGCUUUUCCAUUAACGUACAAACCUGUUCGGGCUUUCGACAGAUACAGCUAUGGUAUCCUUCUUUGGUCCAUUCUCACCGGUAAAGAGCCAUAUCCAGACGCUGAAUAUGCUCGUGUGCACCUGAGGAUCCCUCUAGGGGACAGGCCUGACUGUAAGGAAAUUGAUCUACAAAAGGCAGAGGGGUUGAAAGAGCUGGUCGACCUCAUGAAGAGGUGCUGGGACGCCGAACCGUCCAACAGGCCUGAAUUUAAAGAGUGCCUAGAGGUUACUGAGAGUGUGCUCUCAAUGCACAAGAAGGGAAUUGCCGACGCAGUCCACCGAGUCUUGACAGGACUGGGCUCACCAACCACCGCUCAUAAUUCCAACAAAAGCCCAUCAUUCAGCGUCACUCCUCAGACCCAAGAUAGUUCUCUUUCUUUUGCAGAACAGCCAAAGUCAUACGACAGCGUGGAUGGAUUUAUGAUUCAGAAGAAACUUGACAGUGACUCUGCCGAAAAUCUGACCGAUUCAGAUAAAGCAAAGUUCAUCGACACGAACAGGGCAAAGUUAACACAGGGUGUCUCCGAGGUACUGGCAAUAGUAGAGGAGCUUGGAGACAUGGUCCACGGUGAAACCUACUCAACGAUUUCGGCUGAACCCACGAGCCAGGGGAAAAUGAGGGUGCUCUACCAAAGGACGUUCCGCUCAGGAGGGAUAAGGGUCAAAGCAGCCUUCUACGACGUGCUUAAAAAACAUCACCCUGAUCUGGUGUAGUCUUGAUGGCUACUCCCAAAGCAGCUGUGUCCUUCGUGGAGCCAUUGAGAAGUGUUCUCCUCUUGCACUUGCAUCUGUUAUAGAAAAAAAUGGAAGUGAUAGUGCAAGACUUUGACCUAUGCAAGUAAUCCAUCGCAGACAAGAAGGUCACGCGAUGAUGAUCAGGUAUUUUGCAGUAUACCAGUUUCAUGUCUGGAAUGUGGCUGCACCGGUGCAAUACAUUUCGGGACGUAGUUGGAAAGUUGUGUUCAGAAACAAUGACCUGAUAUUUAGAGCCCUGUCGUCUUUGACUGGCCUCUAACAAGGAUGAUAAUAAUAAGUAUUAGCAAGCUAGCAUUAUUUAUGCACUCAUCGUAGGAGAAAUAAUGCUUUUUAAAACUAAUGUGUCUCAGAUUACCUCAAAACCUCUGACUAUGUUGUGGUGCAUAAUUCCAAAACUAUUUGAUUGCAGAUCUUUGUGAGUUUUUUUUUACACUUUGCCUUUUACAAUUGUUACAUUUUAAUUAAUAAACAAUUUUCACGAAGCAAAAA